AUGAUUUCUGGAGGAGAAUUUUUAUAGGGUCUUUAUGAAAUCAAGCAAAGUUGCCCACCUUUAUAAAACUUGAAUUAUAGUCAUAAAAAAUCAUUUAAGCAAAGUUUAGACUCAAUCACUUAAAAGAUUCCUAUUGUAAAAUCUAUUCAUAAACUUCGAUAAGAAUAGGAGUAGAAAAUAUAUUAAAACAUUCUAAAAGUGAGGAGAUUAAAUCUAAUGCAUGAAAUCAAUAAAGUCAAUCCUAAAUUACAUCAUGAAUUGAAACUCAUUCCAUGUGAAUUACUUACUAUUAAAUAUGGUAUUAUAAAUUAAAUAUAUGUUUCAGUCGAAUGCAAAUAGCAAUAAUAAGAUAAUCAUAAGGAUGUAUUAUCGGACAAUAGUUAUAACAAAAAUACAUAAUAGUAAAAGCAAAAUUCAGACUUUUUUGGCUCUGGACUUAAAAUUUUUCAUCAUAAACCAUACAUAAGAAAUAUUAUGGAAGAUUUUGAGCAAGAUGAAAGCAAUUUUAGUGAUUUUUAUAUCUAUAAAUAUUUAGAUCUUAAUUGA